AUGUAUUUUUACCAUAUAUCUAGGUUGAUCACCACCAUGUUCCAGUUUGUCAUUGUAGCCGUAGGCUUUUUCGCCGGAAUAAGCCACGCAACAUCUGAAGACAUCGGAAACGUCACUUUGUUUCUGUCACGGAAUAUCAGCACAGUGGAAGGAGAUGUAUACUCCGUCAACAUCGAGACAGACACAACCGAAGGGAGGGACAUUGUUCACUCAACCAUGAAUGGGAAUGAUUCACAGACUGUGAUUACAGACCAUAAACUAAAUAUACGUGUUGUUAUUCCGGACUCGGAAUCCGAGGAUUGCCACUUUUCGGAACUUGACGAUGAGGAAAAAAAGGAACCGUCACUUGAGGAGGGCAUAGAGGGCGUGACUACUACUAUGGAUUCUGCGGUAUCGGAAAACGUCAAUGCCACUGACGAGAAAGCUUGUUUAUAUGAGGAUGACGACCCCGUUAUGACAGAGAAGUUGAAGGCUACCCUAACAUCCUUAUGUGGUCCGAGAAAAAUACGUCAUCUGACCAGAAAGGCCGAAUGUCAGGAUGUACCACAGGAGGGGGGUCAUCAAGGUGUUUUAUAUUCAUAA